AUGAGACUCCUCAGCUUCAUCUUUGCCAUCCUCAUCAUUCUUACGCAGAUUUCUCCAGCCAGGAGUGGAAUAUUUCGACAAAUGUACUGCCAGAGACAAACUGGCCGCUGCCUAGUGGAAUGCCUUCUAGAUGAAGAAAACAUUGGUUCCUGCAGAUCUGGCUUGGUUUUAUUUUGCUGCCAAAAAAAGAGGUUGAACUGA